GUUUAAGGCAAAGGUUAUUGAAGGAUAUUUGGGUAAAAAUCACAUUUGUUGGGGUAUUUAAAUGGUGUUUGUUUAUCUGUCAAUGAAUUAUAAGUAUGUGACAGUGCAUUCAAUGUAAAAAACGCAAGAAACGCAGCAGUCUGUCAGAAAAAGUGUUGUGGCGUCAGAAAAUGGCCGAACUUAUCAACAACAUGUGAAGUAUUGUUUACCAUGGGAAAUAGCGCAUCGGGUGAGGAUCAUACUGACUACCAGGUGGAUCCGCAUGGCAUAGAAAAACUCCGAGGCUCGGAACACUUCCAAAACCUACCGAAAAUCUUCGGCCAACAUUACAAUCAUGUUUUGGGGUUCACAGAAGCAACACGUGCUCAACAGAAACUUGUUGACCGGUUAUCUGCAAUUCCGACAGUUGAAGGUGCAGAACAAGAUACUUUUCCAUCUACAGUGAUGAAAAACGGGUUGGAUAUAUUGAAAGAUUUUCAGUCAGCACGGUAUAGACAGAGUGAUUCGCUUUAUGAAUCUUUGAUGGAACUGUAUCAUAAUAUACAAGGUAUCUUUGAAUCUUGUGGUUUAAAACAUUUUCCUUUUGACUGUUCUCAUCCUGAAGAAUAUUAUCAACAAAGUGGGAACAAACAAAAUCAAAGAAGAGUCGUUUCUCAGUCACCAGCUGGUACCUUAGCGCCCUUGGUACAAAAAGAAUUACAACAACAAGAAACAAUAAAGAAGUUAGAGAAGAAGGUAACGACUCUUGAUGAACGUAUUGUCGAAGCUGAAAAUAUUUAUAAAAUAAAAAAUGUUGAGAAUAAAAUGCUAAAAGAAGAAAUAGGCAAGCUCAAGAAAACUGAGAAUGAACUAUGCGGUUAUAUUAAACGAUUAACUAAGGAAAAUGAAGACCUUCAGCAAAAAGUCAUAAAAUUGCAGCCUCCCAAAAUUUCAGCCACUAUCCAGCUACUCCAUUCACACAGUGGAAAUACAAUAAAGGAUAUAGAAGCAGAGCUAAAGACUAUGUUGAAACAUCAGUUGAAUAGCGUAGACUUUAUUAAAUUCAACAAGCCGGAAGACGUAGAUCCGUCAAAGAUGUUAAUUGUCCUAAGCAUCAUUGCAUCAAGAGUAGGCACAGACGCAGCAAAUGCUAUUAAAGGCAUUGAAAACCCAGAGAACACUGCAUUGUUACUUUUUCAUAUCAAAGAAAGCCAUGCUUUGACAAAGCAAGCAAGUACUUCAGUGCUUACUGACCAGACAUUCAAAGCUCUAGGUGGUAUAUUUGACAUGGCAUUUGUAAAUGGAAAAGGCAUCUAUCAGUGUGAAAUGAACGACAUUGCCUUGGAAGGAGUAUGUACCUUUAUAAGGUGCAAGUUUAUGAAAUAAUUUUUAUACAAACAGUCGAUAUGUUAAGGUAAAUUGUAUGUUCUAUUGACGUAGUGUUUAUCGAUUCAGCAAAGAUAUGAAUAAUAUCUUUAUAUUAGGCAGGAAAAUAUACGUGACGAAGAUAUUUAUAUUGCACAUUGUAUUAUCUUAGGGAAUGCCAAGGGAGGUAAUAUGUUAUGGUAUUUUGCAUUGUAAAUACCGGUUGUUUCAUAUAGUCUAAAACUACGCAGUUAUUAUCAAAGAUGCAAUUUGACUCUAUUAAACGUGUUUUAAGGAUAUAUGAAUAAGCAUAAAAGAACAUUGUGAUUUGAAUACUUUGAAAAUCUAGAUUUUUGUCGAAACUGUCUUCUGCUAAUUUUUCACUCAGUAAGUACGUGCUGAUAUAAAAUGAAACAUAUUAUUGAUAUCUUUAGUAUUCAAAAGAAUUAUUUCACCUCCAUUCGACAAUAAUUACUAGAUUUCAAAACAUGUUGAUGGAGUUUAUGGAAAUAUGAAAAGUCUUUACUUAUUCUUGAUUUCGAUUUCAAUUUCUGUUGGUCAAUAAAGUAUGCUACUGUUACAGUA